UUGCAACCAAAUAAAACUUCCUUUAAUUAAAAUUCAACCAAUAAUCUCUCUAUCUUCCUCUCUCUAUCUCAUGCAUUCGUUGACUUUAAACAACCCAAAUAACAAUUUUUCUAGCCAUUGUCAUGGCUGACCAAAUCAAUACUCAUAUAAUCUCCUUUUCCAAUCCCUGCAGCUUGUUUCUUCCUCAAGGAGAUGAAUAGCACAGCAGAUUCUGGUGGACUUACCAACAUUGGAGGAUUUGGCUAUGGAAUUGGAGUUUCAAUUGGAAUCCUUCUGCUGAUCACAACUAUCACCCUGGCUUCCUAUUUCUGCACCCGGACUGACCUGCAGACAAUGGCCCCAGCAACUCAAAGGACUCUUCCUCAACUCCCGAUUGAAACUCAUGAUUAUGUCGUCGAUGUAGGCCUCGAUGAGGCCACCAUCCUGAGUUAUCCAAAGCUGCUUUACUCGGAGGCCAAGCUCAAGAAGACAGACUCCACCGCGACAUGCUGCUCGAUUUGUUUAGCAGAUUACAAGAGUACUGAUAUGCUUCGCCUGCUGCCUGAUUGUGGGCACCUCUUCCAUCUCAAGUGUGUUGAUCCGUGGUUGCGGCUGAACCCCACUUGCCCAGUCUGUAGAACAUCUCCAUUGCCAACGCCACUCUCGACACCUCUGGCCGAGGUAGUUCCAUUGGCAAGCAGAAGGGAUUGAUAUUUGGUGGCUACAAUGAGAGGAUAUUGUAGAAUUGCAAUUUUGGUCUAUGUACAAAUUGCUACAUGACAACUCUUUUGGUAUAUUCUUUUUUUUUUUUUUUUUUGGGUAGCCUUGGAUCUAAUUCUAUAUCAUAUAGUUUGAAAUU